AAAGUAGGUUUUAGUUUUGUUUAAGUUCAUUGCCUUAACCUUGAGUUUUUUGCUUUCUGGUUUUAUAUAUUGAUGAACUAACCUGUAACAUUAAGAAGUCACUUGUAAGCAAACAUUGUCAGUAGCAUGAACACUUUUAAGGUAAUAUUAAUUGCUUCGGUUGCGCUUGCACAACAUUGUUGUGCAUAUCCGUCCUAUGGCGCACCUCAGGAGGCCGUGUUCCACAAUUUCGCACCCUUCGAUCCCCAAUCCUUCUCGGCGGUUAUAGCGAGUAUUGCCCAAGGUACCGGAUUUGGAGGAGCCAGAGGCCUAUUUCAGGCGCUCGCCAAUGGAUUUAAUAACAUCGGUGCGUUUGGAGGUGGAGGAGGAAGUGGCGGUGGCGGCGGGUUCGGAGGCAGCUUCGCACAGGGAGGAGGAGCCGUCGGUGGCUUCGGUUUCGGUGGAAGCGGUCCUAACGGCGGCACAUUCGGGGGCAGCGUUGCCCUGGGUCCGAACGGAAUUUCGGUAGCUCCGCUUGGCGGGGUUGCAGUCGCUUCCGGUUCAAAAGUUCCAUUAGCUAAUCGCGUUGGUACCGGAACUUCAUCUGGUGGUGGUGGAUUCGGGUCGAGCUUCGGAGCCGGGCAAGGUCAAGUCGUCGGCGGCUACGGUGGAGGCAGCAGCAAUGGAGGUUCAUACAGUGGUACUUUUGUGUCCGGGCCAAAUGGGAUAACCGCAGUGCCAGCUAAAACUCCUUUGACUGGCGGAAGUGGAGGCGGUUUCGGAGGAAACGUGCCAAUUUUUGGUGGUUACGGAGGAGGUAGUAGCAAUGGCGGUGCAUUCGGUGGUACCUUUAGUUCAGGGCCCAACGGAAUUUCUGUAACACCACUUGGAAACCGCUUUGGGGAAACAAAUGGAGGAACAUCGUCAAGUUUUGGUAGCAGUUUCAGCUAUGGAGAAAGUUUUGGUCCUAAUGGAAGCUCUGGAGGAGGAAUUGUCACGACCAAUAAUAAUGGUGUGACCUCAACAACCUCAUUUAGUUGCAAAAAUGGAGUUUGCACAUCUAAAAAAGAAUAAAUUAAUAAGUUUUGAAUACACAAUACAAUAAACUAUAUAUAUAUAAAAAU